AUUGCCUACAUGUUUUUUCUAUUCAUGUUCACCUACACCGUUCUAGUGAAGAUGGGACCCACGCCACGUUGGCAGGAAGUCUAUUCGAUUGCGUACAUUGCAACAUUGGGUUUUGAGAAGAUACGUGAAAUUAUCUCUUCAGAACCGGUGGCUAUAACCCAUAAAUUUGCGGUGUGGGCCUGGAAUAUGUGGAAUCCUUGCGAUGCAGCUGCUAUUAUCUUGUUCCUGAUCGGUCUAUCGUUACGCUUUCGGCCGAACACUAUGGAUAUUGGGCGUGUGAUUUACUGUGUAGACAGUAUUUAUUGGUAUUUGCGAAUACUAAAUAUAUUGGGCGUUAACAAAUAUUUGGGUCCUUUGGUCACAAUGAUGGGCAAAAUGGUUAAAAACAUGAUUUAUUUUGUAGUACUCUUGGCUGUGGUGCUAAUGAGUUUUGGCGUCAGCCGUCAGGCUAUACGGCAUCCGGGCAACGAGCCAACAUGGGGUUUAAUUAAAGAGUUGAUUGCUGGUUCGAUUAUAGCGCCGGGCUUUCUGGGCGCUUUGGGCCAUAAUAGUCGCUCGCAUAACGCACGCAUACCUGGCUAUGGACAGGGCGGUUUGCAUCGUUCGUCGGCAACCACAACAACCACAACGACAACUAGCACUACCACUUCUACCACAACAACAACAACAACAACAACAUCGUCGGCAAUACCACAAUCAACGCACAAUUUGCCAAAAUCCGACAUUUUGAACACCUUUAGCGGCAAUUUGACAAAU